AUGGCGACCAGAGCUCCUUUGCUGCCUCCCGCGAAUGAGACGGAGAACUCCGUCAGCAGAAUCACCCGGGAGGGCAAGAAGAUCACAUACAAGCUGAGCGUCAUGCAGCAGCCGGAGCGUGCAAGAGCCUGUGGUGCUGGUGCCAAGUCCUCUGCCGACCGUCGACCGGUUGAUCCUCCGCCCGUUGUUGAAUUGCGUAUAUUCGAAUCAGACCCCAAUGAUGAUCUCCACAAGACCGACAUCACCUUCGCCUACAAUGCCAACUUUUUCCUGUUCGCUACCUUGGAUACAGCUCGUCCCAUGGCGCAUGGAAGACUUGCGGGACCUCCGACAUUUCCAGUAUUAACGGGUGUCCCAGUCGCGGGCGUAGCAUAUCUGGACCGUCCGCAGCAGGCUGGCUAUUUCAUCUUCCCCGAUUUGUCCGUUCGUCACGAGGGUCGAUACCGGCUGAGCUUCCAUCUGUACGAAGAGAUCAAGGACGCCAAGGACGCCGACAAGGAUACACCAAUGCCAGAUGUCAAUCCCAGCAUGAACCUGUCGAAACCGUCGGCACCCAGGUCGCACCUCAAUUUUCGCCUGGAAGUCAAGUCGGUCCCGUUCACGGUCUACAGCGCCAAGAAAUUCCCUGGUCUGGCCACAAGCACCUCUCUGAGCCGCAUUAUCGCCGAGCAAGGCUGUCGAGUCCGGAUUCGACGGGAUGUUCGCAUGAGACGCCGGGGCGAAAAGCGUACGGACGAUUACGACUUUGAUGAUGAGAGGGUCUUUGGGACACGGUCGGACAGAUACACCACUCCCGAUGCCUAUGCGGCGAACUCGGCUGAACGUGCUCGUUCCACCAGCAUCAGCACCACCGUUGACCCCUCCUAUCCUUACGGUUCUGAUGGUCAACGGCGGCCCUCUGCAGGUGACUAUGGAUUCCCAGGCGCGCAGCCCUAUCAACGUGCUAUGCCUCCAGCGCCGGCUCCUGUUCCCGUUCCGGCUUCUGUCCCUACUCCGGUACCUACUGGACCGCCAGCAUCCUAUCAAUCUCACCUCUCGUUCGGGUCGACUCAGGCACAGUACCCGGCUCCUCAGCUACCGCCGACACCACAGUCCGCGACUCCUACAAAUACAUAUUCUCCCCACCCCACAUAUUCUCACUCGCGGAAUUCUUCCAAUGGCGCCGAACACGAGGCCGCGUCCGUCGGCUAUCCCUAUCCGCAGCCACGUCUUCCGGCGGAGCGUCCGAGUUAUCACACGGCAGCGCUACCUCCACUGCGCCUGGAACCUCCUACCAAGGCGCCAAACAUGCAGCCGGCUGCCGAUCCACGAGCCAUCGAUGCCAGUGCUUAUCAGCCUCUGUCACAGCCGACCGUUCCUCGCGCUCAGACCCCUUCGAAUCAUGUCACCUCGCUCCCGCCGUUGAAGACUAUUUCGGGCGAAUACCACCAAAAUUCAUCGCAGUCUUCGAACGGCUUCGUCCAAAGUCCGAGCCCAAGCCACGAUACCGGUUCAGGGAAGCGGAUGUUCUGGGAAACUAACAAUACAUCGUCUAAGCGGUCUCAUGACGACACAUUCGGUCACGACGAGCGGCCUCUCCACAACGGCAUGCGACCUGACGCGGAUCCCUAUCCCGGGAUGGGCCGGAAACAGUCAGAAUAUAGCCGGGUCUCGUUCUAUGCCGACUCGCGGGAUGAAAUGGCAUACAAGCGAGCGAACGGGCGAAUGGUCAUGAAGAUCUCUCCGGCUCUGCCAUGA